AUGCUGAACAAAAUUAAAAUAGUUGGUAAGAUUUUAUCGGUUGAGGUAAAAGCUAAAGAAGAAGAGGAAAAAAAUGAAUUCAUAUUCUAUUUCAGUUUAUUGGUUCCUAGUCCGAGCGGUUCUCUAACUGUUCUUCACAUUGAUAGCAAAAAUUCCAAUCAAGCACAACUACAAGGAAGAAUAGUUGGUCUUAAAUUUCAACCAAACAACGAUGAACCUGAAACAUUAAGUUUUCAAAUGGUGGUUCCCCGGAGAAAAAAUUUGUUUUCUGGUUUUUUUUGCCGAGUUCAAGGAGAAUUAAUUUCAAAACUUAAAUCACAUUUAAAAGAAGGCCGUGAGGCACUGGUAGAAGGGUUUCUACAAACCAAAAAAAUGGUUGGGAAAGAUAAUGAAAAUGAAACUAAAAUUUCACGUUUUUCUCAUAUAAUUUGCUGCGCCUUUACUUUUGCUGACGACGAUUCUCCCAUUGAUCUUAAUAAUCCCGACAAACUAACUAAAAUUACUGGUAGAGUUAAAAAAAUUGAUUUUAGUAUUGAUUGUAUUGAUUACAAAAACACCGAUGUAUUACGCAGAUUUAUUAACAACCAGGGGAGAAUUGUUGGUCGGUUAUAUUCUCGAUUAACUGCUAAAACCCAACGGAAAGUAACUAGAGCUAUUAAAAGAGCUCGACAAAUGGCUUUACUUCCUUAUACAAUACAAAAGAAAGUUCUAGCGGAAGAAAAAGCACAAGAAUUAUACAAAAGAGUCAAUAAUUUUACUCUUAAUUUCACUUUAAAAAAAAAUGAAAAAGGAGAACCUUUUGGUUCAGUUGGUUUUAAGGAAAUUUCGCAAGAAUUAGAAAAAGUAGGAAUUCACUUGGAAAAAAGUCACUUAGUAGAUUUUCACUCUUUGAACAAGUUGGGUGAAAACGGAUUACAAGUAAAGUUGAGUAAAAUAAUUACUCUACGGGGCAAACUAAAAAUGGGAAUCAUUUCAGGAACUAGCAUCAACGGAGACGAUUUUUAUCGUGUUCCUUUGCAAAAGAAUUUUGAUAGCAGAAGUCAAUCGGUUAUUAACAAUUUAAAAGAAAAUCAAAACAUUACUGUUCAUGGUAAUGUGGGUGGACGAGAUAACGGACUAUUAAGGGUAGUCGAAUUCGAAACAGGGGACGGUGAAGAAGAUAUGUUUAUUUAA